AAGGGGCAGGAGAGGAGCCUUUUGCCACCCACGGUGGGUACCUGCUGUGGACCCUUGGCUCAGAGCCUCGCCUGUGUGGGGUAAUGAAUGAAGCCUGCAUGUCUGCCCUCUGGUGGAGGGCACCAGGUCUGGGCAGAUGGACACACUCCUGAACAUCACCCUCCCUGAGGGAGGCUCUCUAUGGACAGAGCACAGGAGGGACCGGAGGCCCAAGGAAGGCCAGGCUUGCUCUGCGAUCUCAACACAUUCCAAUGUGCCAGGCUCCAAGCUGAUGUGUGCCACAGCCUUCAGCCAACAUGCCCCGUGCUCACCCUCUGAGGGGACACAACCAGCAGCUCCCAAAACACUCUGCCUGAGAAAGGGCCCUCAGCUGCCCACCCAGGGAUUCACUGUGCCCAUCCUAGUAGUGCCACCAGCUGCCUAUGCUAACCACAAGCACCAUGACCUGAGCGUGCCCUUCAUCUGCACCCACGAUCUGAGUGUGCCCUUUGUCUGCACCCACAUCCUGACUGUGCCCUUCAUCUGCAUGCACAUCCUGAGUAUGCCGUUUGUCUACACCCAUGUCCUGUGUGUGCCUUUCAUCUGCACCCAUGUCCUGAGUGUGCCCUUCGUCUGCACCCACGACCUGAGUGUGCUGUUCGUCUGCACGCACGUCCUGAGUGUGCCCUUCGUCUGCACGCACGUCCUGAGUGUGCCCUUCGUCUGCACCCACAUCCUGAGUGUGUCCUUCAUCUGCACCCACGACCUGAGUGUGCCGUUCAUCUGCACCCACAACGAGAAUGCAGACGCUUUCGAUGUCACUCAGGGUUUCAGCCCGGGCUCCACUCUAUUCCACGAAAACAAGCAGGAGAGCCCUGGGAAAGGCAGACAGCCUACAUGCUCCGCUCUGUCCAUGGGAGUGGUCCAGACGCAGCUUCUCAGACUCUGGAUCUGUCUGCUGGCCUUCAUUCAUCACAGGGCCAACUGUGUUAAUUAUACAGAUGGUCCUCGACUCGACGUCUCCGCUCGUGAUCUUCUGCCUUUACGAGGAUAUGCGAACGGGAUACGCAUUCGGUAGAAACUGUGCUUCCGAGUUUGCAUUUUGAUCUCUUCCUGGGCCAGCAAUGUGCAGUGCAAUCCUCCCUCAUGAUGCGGGGCAGCAGUGGGGAGCACAGCUCCUGUCAGCCCUGAUCACGAGGGGGAACAGCCGAGACCCUGACAGCCACACUGGACCCAGACAGCCACUCUGCUUCGCUUUCAGGACAGGAUUCAGUACAUUACAUGGGACAGCCAACACUUUAUUAUAAGACAGGCAUUGUGUGAGACAAUUGUGCCCAACUGUAAGCUAAUGUGAGUGUUCUGAGCACAGUUAAAGUAAGCCAGGCUAAGCCAUGAUACUUGAUAGGUUGGGUGUAUUAAAUGCACUUUUGACGUAUGAUAGUUUCAACUUACAAUGGGUUUAUCGGGACAUCACCCCCUCAUAAGUGAGGAAGACCUAUAUUUUCUUACUUUCCAUAGUCCUGAUUUUCUGGCAUUUGGGGUCUUACAGACCGGGGACACACCGCGCUCCCAGGGCUAGCCAGUGCUUAGAGUCAGCAGAGGGCUUUGCCCCUGGGCGUGUCUUUCAUGCAGACCAACCAAUCCAGAGACCACAGCCCCGACCACCUCCUCUAUCAAACUCACACCAAGCCACUAUUCCCCUGCCUAAAUCGACCCGGGGCCAGGUACCAGGCAACUGGGGACAGCCCCUAUGCUCCAAGCCCGCAGGAAUUAUUCACACGACCAAUCUUAAACUGUGUACCUGCCCUGCCUUGCACUUCCCGCAGAAACCCCAAUGAAGGCUCUGGCCUAGGCCUUCCCCUCGCCCCCACUGCCUCCUGCCCCGCACUGGUACUCCCCUGGGGUACCUAGGGGGUGGGCAGGGCCUCUCAUUUCUGGGGGAACUGUGGAUAACAGGAAAGUUUUCUUUCAGUGGCGCUGACCUCUCUGUGUUGCCCUCACUUUUAUGAAUUAAGACCAGGCACCAACCAGAGCCAGCCCCCCAACACUGAUGUUCCUACUUCCUUUGUGCUCCUCCACUCCUCAAGUCACGUUCUGAGGCCAGAGCCCUGCAGAGCUGUGUGCAGGAGCUAGCAGUCCCAAUGCCCUCCUGCCCCCACGGCACCACAGGGACCUGGCAGUGCACAUGAGAGGGCGGAG